AAAGUCAGAUUACAAGUAUGUGGGGAGGGAGCAUUAUUUUGGAUGUUACCUGCUGUCAGUGAUAUAAAUCCUACCUUAGACAGAUUCAGCUUAACUGGAUGGAGUUUAUUUAGAGAUUAUGGGCUACAUUCAUAUGAAGGCUGUAGACACCAAAGUUGAAACUGAGGUUUUCUAAAAUUCUUGCCUCACUUACUGCCAGUUCUGCACGCUUUCAGGCUUUUGAAGAUGAUGGUGGUCACCCAGUUCAAAAGAACAGGGAUUCAAUUUCCUUGAAGGUGAAUCUCCAGCUUGCGAGGGAAAAGCACGCUGCUCAGUGCAGGGGCUGCUUGCACUGCACAAAUGCAGCACUUCGUGCCUUACCCAGGCAUGCACUCAUUGCUCACUGCUACGUGUGAUGGCAAAGCUGUAUUCCAGAACAGCAAGAUUACUCUAUGAAGAGCACAGCAGGGCGGGCUUGAGGUUAACCAGCAGCAGACCCAUGCAGCUUGCCCAUAGAUGCCACCUUCGGUCAUGGCCAACCUGAUGCUCUUGUGUUGGAAGGAGGAUGUGCCCCCAUAUUGUGCCAGGGGAGGUUCAGGUGGGGCAUCAGGGACAAUUUCUACUCCAAAAAGCAGUCAGGCACCAUCGAAGGCUGCUUAGGAGGUGGGAAAGUCACCAUCCCUGGGGGUAUUCCAGAAUGGUGGGGAUGUGACACUUGGGGACACGGUGGGGAUGGCUUGGGGUUGGACCUGGGGAUCUGAGAGGUCUUAUCCGGCAUUUAUGACUGCUUUUCACAAUGCUGGGCAAUGAACAACCCCAGCUACCAGCAGAGGUUUGGGACUGACCUGCUGGAGAGCAGCACAGAGGAAAGGGAGCUGUGGGUACAGCAGGGUGACCCACACAGCGCUGUGCCCUUGUGGCACCUGGGGUCUGUUAGCCUGGAAAGAUCGAUUUCCUCCCCUUCUACUCUGCCCUGCUGAGACCACAGCUGGGAUGUUGUGUCCAGUUCUGGGUCCCUCGAUUCAAGAAGGGCAGAGAAAUGCUUGAGAGAGCCCAGUGCAGGGCCACAGAAAUGAUGGAGGGAGCGGAGCAUCUCCCUUACGAGGGAGCUGGGGCUCUUUAGCUCGGAGGAGAACGAGGGGCGACCUCAUUAAUACUAAUAAACAUGUAAAGGAUGCGUGUCAGGAGCAUGGAGCUCUUCUCAUUGACAUCCACUGGCAAGAUGAGGGGCAGUGGGUGCAAGCUAGAACGUAGAAGAUCCCACAUGAGGAAAAACUUCUUCACAGUAAAGGCAACAGCACCGUACGGGCAGCCCGGGGAGGCGGCGGGCUCUCAAAACCCUCAUCACGACGGCCUUUUCCACCGGGAGCUCGGGGGAGGGGAGGAGGGCGGUGCGUCAGCGGCUCUCGGAGCGCAUGAGCGCGGCCGGCAGCGGAGAGCGGGAGGCGGGAGCCGCUCCGUCGGGACGGGCAGCGCAGCGCAGCGCAGCGCGGGGUUUGGCGCCCGCACCGCAGGUAACGGCUCUGAGGGAACCGCGGCGCCGCCAUUUUGCGGGCGGGCGGGGCCGGGCUGUGAGGUGCGGGGAUGCGCUGACGGAGAGCGGAGCAGGGCAGUGCUCGAGGCGACUGCAGAGCACGGCUGAGGGUGUGGGGAUGCGGGGAUGGAGCUGUGCGGUGCUGUGCUGUAGCCGCCCUCCGAGCGGUCUCUCCCCUCGCUGGGCUGAUGUCCGCGUUGUGGCGUGAGCAGUUCCCCCGCUCGGCCCUGUGGGUUAUAGAAGCCAGCUGUAGGCUGAACCGCAGCAGAACUGCCUCUGACUCUCAGUCCAGAAAGAAGAAGCAGUCGUGUUGAUUUAAGUUGAACAUUUGUGUCUAAGAUUACAAACAAAGCCAUGCCAGUGCUUUCGGAAGACUCAGGUUUACAUGAAACUUUAGCCCUUUUGACAUCUCAGCUACGACCUGAUUCAAAUCAUAAAGAGGAAAUGGGGUUCCUUAAGGAUGUCUUCAGUGAAAAGAGUCUCAGCUACCUGAUGAAGAUUCAUGAAAAGCUCCGUCAUUAUGAAAGACAGAGUCCAACUCCUGUUCUGCAUAGCGCAGCAGGAUUAGUUGAAGAUGUAAUAGAAGAAUUGCAGACUGCACCAGUGAAUAAUGAAGAAAAAGAGCUGCUUCAGCUGCUGUCAACACCACAUCUCAGGGCAAUGCUUGUAGUACAUGACACUGUAGCACAGAAGAACUUUGACCCCGUCCUUCCACCUCUGCCAGAUAACUUUGAUGAUGAUUUUGAUGAAGAAUCAGUGAAAAUUGUUCGGCUAGUGAAAAAUAAAGAGCCCUUGGGAGCUACCAUCAGAAGAGAUGAGCAUACAGGGGCUGUGAUUGUAGCAAGGAUCAUGAGAGGUGGUGCAGCUGAUCGCAGUGGUCUUGUCCACGUUGGAGAUGAACUGAGAGAAGUCAAUGGUAUUGCUGUGCUUCACAAACGACCCGAAGAAAUAAGUCAGAUUUUGGCACAGUCUCAGGGAUCAAUAACAUUAAAAAUAAUUCCAGCCAUCAAAGAAGAGGAUCGUCUGAAAGACAGCAAGGUGUUUAUGAGGGCCCUUUUCUGCUAUAAUCCCAAAGAAGACAGAGCCAUUCCCUGCCAGGAGGCUGGUUUGCCCUUUAAGAGACGACACAUCCUGGAAGUUGUAAGCCAAGAUGAUCCUACAUGGUGGCAAGCAAAGCGUGUUGGAGACACCAACCUCAGAGCAGGCUUGAUCCCCUCGAAGCAGUUCCAAGAAAGACGACUGAUGUACAGAAGAAGUAUAGGCACCCAGCCGAAUCCCAGAACUGUGAAGAAGCCAUUAUAUGAUCAGACUUCUGAUAAAGAGGACUGUGACUGUGAGGGAUAUUUCAAUGGACAUUACAUAGCUGGCUUACGCAGGAGCUUUAGGUUAAGUCGUAAAGAGAAGGAGAACAAUCCUAAUGAAGCAAAGCAGGCAGAGCAGGCAGAUGCAGCAGAGCUCCUAACAUAUGAGGAGGUCACAAAAUACCAGCAGCAGCCUGGGGAGCAGCAGAGGCUGAUUGUUUUGAUUGGUUGUUUGGGAGCCAGAUUAAAUGAGCUCAAGCAGAAAGUUGUGUCAGAGAACCCACAGGAGUACGGUGUUGCAGUUCCACAUACAACGAGGUCAAAGAAAAGUCAUGAGAAAGAGGGAGUUGAAUACAACUUUGUCUCUAAGCAAUCAUUUGAGACAGAUGUGCAGCAAAACAAAUUUGUGGAACAUGGAGAAUACAAAGAAAACCUGUAUGGCACAAGUCUUGAGGCGAUCCGGUCUGUGAUGGCCAAAAAGAAGGUUUGUUUGGUGGAUGUGGUUCCUGAAGCAGUGAAGCACUUGAGGACUCCUGAAUUUAAGCCUUAUGUUAUCUUUGUGAAGCCCCUCAUUCCAGAAAAGAAAAAAAAUGUCCUAAAAUCUCCUGUGUCAGAAGAAAUCUCGACACCUCUUGAUGAAGAACAGCAGGAAAUUAUUAAUUCAGCAGCAUUCAUCGAAGAGCACUAUGGCCAUUUAAUUGACACUACGCUGGUGAAAGAAGAUCUCCAGAGUGCAUGUAAUCAGCUUAAAACUGUGCUAGAUAAGCUAAACAAGGAUUCAUUUUGGGUGCCGGUCAGCUGGGUUAGGUCAUAGUUUGCUAUCAUCUGUUUAAAGGAAAGAAUUUAUUUAAAAAGCCUUGUAAAUAUAUGGAUGACAAAAGGGAAAUAUGUUGAUUUCACUGCAAAACUGCCAUUCUCUCUAGAAAGUAAUAUGUAAAGACUACAGGUGAAAAAAAUAAAGUCAGAAGCUGAUACUGCCUUCUUGAAUUGGAAUCCUGAGUACCAGCUGUGCACUCUCAGCCUGAACAGGUUAGUAAAAGACUGGAGUGACUUUUAGACUGCAAAUAUUGCACUUUGUAAGGUAAAAAUGUGCAGAGGGUCCCAUCUCCAAAAGCACUGAAGCAAUGCUAGGACAGCUAGAGGCUUCAGCAUUUGCCCAGACCUCGUGUGGCAUUUGAACAAGGUUCUUCAUCCAGAAACAAGUCUACUUGCUACUUGAGGGGCAAGGGAGAGUGCCCACACCCUGUCAGUUACUUCAAGGUUCAGCUGGCUUUCUUUCACUCAGGAUUACUGGUUGCAAACCCUUUCUAAUUUGGCACAAAAACUUGACUGGCUCUGUAAAUCGUCUGUGUUUCAGUAGCUGAGGGGUGGCGGUGGGUUUCUUGUUCUUACUGUUGGUUUUGAUUUUCAAGCUCAGCCCUUUCCCAGUGCUUCUGGCUGUCUUGCUUAGGUAGUAAUUAGUCUGCUCAGCUAUGGCUUUUGCCCACUUUCCCAAUCGCUCUCUUCCUAACAGCACAGGAUAGAUGUUAAGCAACCUGUAAACAUACCUGUGUGAUUGAUCCAGCUCAUAACCCGGGGAUGUUCUUUAGUCUACCUGAAAAGUGUGUAUGGUGUAAAACAUGACUUAAAGAAACUUAUUUUCUACGAGGCAUCUUUGCAAAUGCCAACUGCUGGGGCACCACGUGGACAGCAACAGAGCAGCUCUGCAAAGGCUGCCAGAAGGAGGAGGCUGAAACACCAGGAAGCUGAGCUACAGCACUGAAUCAUCAUUCUCCCAGCACUUAUGAAUACCUUUGUUACAAAUGAAGUGAAGGCAGCCAGAGCAUGCACUUGGCUCCAUCAUGUCUUGAAGAGGAAAUUUUAUCUGUUGGAGGACUUGGCAGAAAGAAUAUGCAGCUUUUUAAGGUGGGCAAGUCUAAGAAAACGCAUUGAUUUUGUGAGUAGAGUGCAGGUGUGUAUUACCUGAAAUUUGUUCCUAUUUUCCAUUGCCUGUUGAGUUCUAACCUUUCCUCUGUACUGUGCCCUCUAACAACACCUUCUGGUACACCGGUCUCAUUCUUUUAACAGUGUGAUGUUAUUCUUGUUCCAGAGCAUUCAGCAAAACUAACAUCAUUGCUUAUUAAAAGCGUAUUUCUUA